AUGGAAAAAGGAUCAGUUUCAAUUGAAACAUCAGAUUCAGUGCCAUUAAAGCCAAACAAUAACAAGCUCAUGGUGAAGCUCAAGAUCUCCAAGAAAAGCUACGGCGGCUCCGGCGGCGGAGGUGGAGGAGGAGGAGGAGGAGGAGGAGACGGUGGUGAUCAACAUGUUUGUCCUGUUUGCAGCAAAGGGUUUACGUCGGGUAAGGCGUUGGGAGGUCAUGUAAGGAUCCAUAUGAAAGCUAACAAGAAUGGUGGCCGUUAUAAGAAGAUAUCAAAGCGUCAGCCAAGGAACAACAACAAUAAUAACAUCCGUAAGAAGAUUCCGAUCAUGGCGGCGGUAGCGGCGGCGGAAACUCCGCAUGAGAGCCAUGGAAGCGAAGAGAAAGUGAGCUGCUGUAUUUGCAAGAAGGAUUUCAAGUCAUUGAAAUCCUUGUUCGGUCACAUGAGGAAUCACCCUGAGAGAAACUGGAGAGGGAUAAGGCCCCCGCCUUCCGACAGGAACAGCUGUUGUUCGAGUGUGUCGGAGAACGACGAAGCCGUCGUGGUUGAUCAGAUCAAAGGCUCCGCUUCCGAUCUGUUGAAAUCCCUCCCCAAAUGGACCACCACCACUAAACGGUUCGAGAAAUCAACUCGUUCCGAUCACGCCAACAACACCGAUGCCGAUACCGACACCGACACCGAGGAUGAGAUAACCGAAGCUGCUUAUUGUCUUAUGAAGCUAUCUAGAGGUAAUUCAUUUGAAAUAGAUAAUACAAAAAUUCAUAAGACACCAUUGAAGACAAGCUUCUACACUAAAAACCCUAAAACAACUCCAUUGAAAGAAGAGGCAAAACAAUACUACACCAAGAACAACAAGACACAGCAGCUAGAUUUUGAUUUGAAUGAACCUUAUAUUGGAGAAGAUUCAGAUGAUUCAGAUAGUGAGGUUUGA